UCAAAUUAGUCCGACAAACGAAUUUCGGACGUGUACAGGAGAUGACUACCUAAGGAGAAAACCCUAGCUACUAACAUUAGUUUUUCUAAUCCCUUGUUGUGCUUAUACCAAGCGUCGCCUUUCUGCUGCGAUCGAUCCUCACUAAAUCGACCAAAAAUGCCGUUCAAGAGGUACGUGGAGAUUGGGAGAGUGGCGCUGGUUAACUACGGCAAGGAAUAUGGAAAGCUAGUCGUCAUUGUUGAUGUUAUCGAUCAAAACAGGGCUCUAGUUGAUGCUCCUGAUAUGGUUAGGAGCCAAAUGAACUUCAAGAGACUUUCACUCACUGAUAUCAAGAUUGACAUAAAAAGAGUUCCUAAGAAGAAAACUCUAAUUGACGCCAUGGAGAAAGCCGAUGUGAAGAACAGGUGGGAGAACAGUUCCUGGGGCAGGAAGUUGAUUGUGCAGAAGCGAAGGGCUUCACUUAAUGAUUUUGAUAGGUUCAAGAUCAUGUUGGCAAAGAUUAAGAGAGGAGGAAUCAUCAGGCAGGAGCUUGCAAAACUUAAAAAGGAGGCAGCUUAAACCUUUGCUUAUUUGUGAACUUGCCAAUUCUUUUCAUAAGCUCAAAAUCUGCCUUAAGAAUUUAGAUCCUUUGUAUUUUUCAUUUUAGCUAGCUGUGGAAACCAAUUAUCAUUGAUUUUGUUGGAGGGAGUUGAUAUUUAAUAGACCAUUUUUUUUACUGUUAGUGAUACUUGAAAGUUUUAAGUAUGACCA